CCCAAGUUUUGGAUAAAGAAAUUUCUGCAGAUAUCCAGAGGGAUAGAGCUCUUCAGAAUUCGAAAAUGGCUUCAAUUUCUUCGACUUUAGCUAUUCCUGUCUGCAAUUCUUCAAUUAUUUCCUCCAGACCGCAAGUUUCGUUCUACUGUUCGAACCCCUCGAAGUUUAUGGCGUUGAAGCCUUCUCGAAUCACUUCUUCGCGAGUUAUGGCUGCUCCUGAAGUCUUGGAAUCCAGUGCCGCUGCCGAGGAUGAGGCUCCUUCGGCUUCAGCAUUGAGCGUGGGUGCAGAUUCGGAUAAGGUUGCCCCUAAGCAGAAGAUUAGAAUCAAACUGAGAUCAUACUGGGUGCCCCUGAUCGAAGACUCCUGCAAGCAGAUAAUGGAAGCUGCAAGGACAACCAAUGCAAAGACCAUGGGUCCAGUGCCUCUACCCACGAAGAGAAGAGUGUACUGUGUUCUGAAAUCUCCUCAUGUGCACAAAGACGCGAGGUUUCAUUUUGAAAUUAGAACUCAUCAACGACUCAUUGACAUCCUUUACCCAACUGCACAAACAAUUGACUCGUUGAUGCAGCUCGACUUGCCUGCGGGCGUUGACGUGGAGGUUAAGCUCUAGAUAUGGUGGUGAUGUGAAAUGAAAUGUGAUUUCUUUGUAGACAUGAUAUUUAUUGCCUUUGUAAGUCUGAAGCUGAAUUCUGGCAGACAAAACGCUGCAUUUUGUUGUGUGAUAGUUGAAAUCUAUGGCAUCUCUUUAUUAUUAGUAGUA